GAUUGUGGCAUUUGGAGUUCGCGGGAAAUCCAUUCCUGCUGGGCUUCUUUACUGAACGCACUCAGCGUUCUCCUCCAGCACCCCAAGCAGCGUACGGAGGUGUGAACUCCGCCAACCGACAGCCACCGCCAACUCCGCCUCCGCCGGAGGUCCAUCUCUUCCCUCAUUCGUCGCCUCCGCCAGCCGACAUCCUCUCCUCAUGGCCGCAACCUCGGCCACCGCCGCGCGCGCGCGCCGCGCAAACCUCCGCGCAGUCAGCGCCGCCCUCCCGCUGGUGCUCUCUCUGCUGCUCCUCCACUCCCCCCGCUCCGCUUGCGCGAAGGGCACUCCGCCUCCGCCUCCGCCUUCGCUCUCGUCGCUCUUCCCGUUCUUCAGCUUCGGGUCCAUCACCGGCGGAAGCCUCCAUUUCGCCAGCCCGCCACCUCCGCGUUCCCGCAGCCCUCCGCCACCCCCUCUCCGCCGCCGCCCUCUCCCCCGCCGCCUUCCACGCCCCCGCCCUCUCCGCCUCCCCCGUCUCCACAGCAGAACCCCGCCAAGUGCAACCCAUCGUCGCUCGCUGCCAGUGGGUUCACCUCUUCGAAGGUCCUCGCGCCGGGGUUCACGUACCAUUGGCGCGCCUCGUCAGGCUCGGUGGUUCAGAUGGCUCUCGAAGCCGACUCGGCCCGAGCCAAGAGCUGGUUCGGCGUCGGGUGGACCGACGGCGGAAACGGCGGCAAAACCGACGCGGUUUUCGCGAACGUCGCGAACGGCGGCGUGAAGUCCUUCACGACGUCGACCGUCAUCACGCCGCAAAAGCAUGGCGACCCCGCGCCGGUCACUAUCAUGUCGGAAACGAACACGCUCAACAUCGGCAGCGCCGGCUCCGUCGGGUUCGGCGACAGCACGAUCGCAUUGUUUAGCCGAACCGAGGGGACAGGCUCGGUGACGUUCCAGUCGUCCGGACCUAUGAACGUGGUUUGGUACUACCCGUCCUGGGAAGGCCAGCCGCUUGGAAGCAACCCCAAGCCCGUCGCCUCUGCCCAGGUCGAUUUCUCCUGCAACGGCCAAAUGGCGGGCACCCCCAUUGGCUUCGCACCCGCGCCUUCCCCUACCGAAUCGCCCUCUCCGCCCCCUCCCCCCUCCGUCACGCCCUCUCCCCCGCCUCCCCCCUCGUCCACCACUCCCCCCACCAAGGGCGUGCUGUGCCCCGCGUCAACCUUCUCGGCUAUGAGUACCAGCUGGAGCUGGGGAGUGGCAACUACCUGCUGCACUGGAAGUUUCCAUCCGCCACGGUCCAUCGACUUCCUCCUCGAGGCGCGCUCCAACACCCUCAUCAAGGACUCGUGGCUGGCCGUCGGAUGGUCCAAGAAGAAGGGCAAGAUGAAGGGCGCAGAUGCAGUCAUCGGGAACCUCCCAGGGGUGGGGGCGUUUGUCCUGGGCGGCUAUAAAGCCAAGGACAUCCCAGCAGACCAGCUCCUUCUCCCUGGGAACCACGGCUGUGUCCACCACGACCGAAGGCGGGACGUCCAUCACCUUCAGCCGGACGGUUGGCACAGGGAACGUGCCUCUCAAGCUGAAUACCACCAGCUAUCUCAUCUGGGCAUUUCCGCAGACAAUCACCAAGACGCUCGGUUUUUUCACGGCACGAACCAGGGCGGCUAUGCGGUUGACUUUGCAUGCUACCAAGUGCCUGCGUGCCUCUGGGCAUGCGGUCCCGACUACGCCGACGACUCAGACGCCGACAAGUACUACAGUAGAAGCGUCACCGGCUGCUGGGGCUGCUGACGCUGCUGGAAUCACUGCCACCGCUCUUCCUGACCAGCCGCAAGGAGGGAGUGCUGCUGGUGCUGGAGCUGGUGUUGGUGACGGUGCCGGUGGUGUUACUGCUGGUAACCGCAGGUCAGGUGUGAGGUUUUAUGAUACGGUUAGUGGUGGCCGGGAUGACAAAUGGAGAGUGGUGGCAGCAGCGGAGCCCUUGAGUCCGUGGCAUUGGGAUGGGUAUAGCUCGAGGCAUUCCUUGUGCCUUGAUAACUGCCAUUUAGUAGAGUUAGAUGAGGGUGUAGAUUAUGGUACGGAUUUCUUUGCUUCGUGCUAUUGCUUGGUUGGUACAUUCAUUCCGAGCAUAUAAAGAACGCUGCUUGAACCAGACUGCAUUCUAGAUGCUGAGCAAAAUGAUGUCCGUAUAUGCAACUUACAAU